AUGGUGAGGGGAACCCAGUGGUUGGGGGUAAUAGCUGCAGUCUCUGCUGGAACUGGAGCAGGGAGCCUACUUUCUGAACCAGCAAGCAAAGUUGAAGGACAGCCACCCAGUCGGGGAGGGGCACAGCUCACUCAGUGUGUGGUAGAGAGUGGGGCAAGUCAGCAGGAAGCUGUGGGACACAACAAUGCAGUGGUGGAGACUGCCGAGGAGGCCAGAGAGCCGGCCGAGGCAGACAUCACAGAGCUGUACCAGAACAUGGCCACAUACCUGACAGGCGAGCUGACGGCUACCAGUGAAGACUAUAAACUUCUGGAGAAUAUGAACAAACUGACUAGCUUGAAGUACCUAGAAAUGAAAGAUAUUGCAGUAAACAUAAGUAGAAACCUAAAGGACUUAAACCAGAAAUAUGCAGCACUUCAGCCUUAUCUGGAUCAGAUCACUUUAAUUGAGGAGCAAGUAGCCCCUCUUGAGCAGGCAGCCUACAAGUUGGAUGCAUAUUCAAAGAAACUAGAAGCAAAGUACAAGAAAUUAGAGGUGAUGAAUGCUUCUCCAGCACAAAGACGGACUCCAGGAAUGACUGUCAGGGGGUAUCAGGCUGGGACGCUUUGA